UGUGGAAGAGUGACAAUUAAUGUCAGCGGACAAAGGUUCGAAACCCAGCUGAGGACUUUAAACAGAUUCCCCAAAACACUGCUGGGAGAUAGUGAGAAACGAGAGAGAUAUUGGGAUAAAGUGAGGGGGGAAUAUUUCUUUGAUAGACAUAGACCUACUUUCCAGGCCAUUUUGUAUUUCUACCAAAGCGGAGGUCGGCUAAGGCGCCCAGUUGAAGUACCGGAAGAUGUGUUUUUGGAUGAACUAAAUUUUUACCAGCUCGGCGAUGACGUCAUUAACUCCUUCCGGCAGAAGGAGGGCAUACUCGGUGACGUAGUUGACGACGACUGCCUGUACCUCCUAGACGACGAUAGCGUUCAGAAAAAGGUUGUCUGGUUAUUCUGUGAGGAGCCAGACAGCUCCAUCUACGCCAAAAUCUUCGCCAUCAUAAGCAUCAUUUGCAUUGUGGUCAGCGUCACCACGUUCUGUCUGGAAACAAUUCCCAGCAUACCUAACCCACAAUGCGUUAAUUUGCGUCACAACUAUGCCAAUCCAUUUUACGUCGUUGAAACCAUCUGCGUUAUAUGGUUCACAUUUGAGUUUUUACUGCGUCUCAUAUCAAGCCCGUCAAAAAAGGCUUUCGCUCGCAGCAUAAUGAACAUCUUUGACCUCCUAGCCAUAUUACCUUACUUUGUGGUCCUAGCAAUGCAACUGAACGAUGAUUCUUGUAAUGACGACCGGAGCGCCGGAGAGUCCAUCGUUAUCGUCAGGAUUUUACGAGUUGUCAGGAUUUUCAAGUUGUCGAAACAUUCGCAAGGUCUAAGGAUUUUAGGGCUGACCAUAAAGACUAGCAUGCAUGAGUUGGGAAUGUUCUUCUUCUUCCUAAUCGUUGCCAUGGUGAUAUUCAGCUCGGCGGUCUACUACGCUGAAGCAGGGGAGCAAAACACCCAGCUUAACUCCAUACCCGAAGCUUUCUGGUGGGCCGUCGUCACCAUGACGACCGUGGGCUACGGUGACGUCACGCCCGUGGGAGUGUGGGGUAAAUUGGUGGGCACCUUCUGCGUGAUAGCCGGGGUGCUGACUAUAGCCCUGCCCGUUCCAGUUGUGGUUGCAAAUUUUAAUAACUUUUAUAGGCACGAGAUUUGA